AUGCAUCAUACUUCACUAUCUUCGAAUUUUCUGGCCGUCGCUCAGGAGAAUCACAAAAGCAUCAGAAAUUCUUGUAAGUUUUUUUUGUUUGUUGCUUCGAUAUUUAGGUAAAAAGUCGAAUUUCGAAGAAAGUGCUGGGGCAGAGGGCGCAGCUUGGAAACCUUUGUUUUGUUUUUGCCGAGCUGCGUCCACAGCACUUGUUACUUAUUUAUGGGUGGUUUUACCCUCUUAAGAGCUUCAUAUUGUUGUAGACGUUAAUUUUAUUGUCUAUUUACAGGUUCCAUCGCAUCGUCACAUCAGCACUUCAAGUUCCUCUCCUCUUCAACUUCUCGUCAAAUGUCAACCAAUUAUGGACCUCAACUGCAACAGCAACAUACCGACCACAAAGGACCUCCAUUUACAACAAGUGAAACUGAAGUUUGGACAACAUCGCCAAUAAUGAACUGGUAA